CACACUCUAUAGCGGAGACGUCGGUAGUUGAGGCGCGUAUGAUGGCGAUCCGGAUGACAGCUGAGCCUUUGGAUGCCUUAUCGAAGGUGAACGUUCAACAGCUUCCCUGCACCGUCAACUUCUCGGGGAAAGCUUCCGUCGCCCAGAGGUUCGAUACUCACAAGGGGAAAACAGAAGAUGGUCAUAGCAGCGCUUACUUCCGAGGUUACCCCCUCGUGGGGGCUGAAAUCGAUGUCCCAUCUGGGUACAAGGGUGUCAUUUUCACCUCGACGAGCGACGGAGACCACGGUCGAAUUCUCAAGGCGAAGUCUACUUUCGACAAGAUGAGCUAUUAUAACUGGAGCAAUAAGCCCUCUGCUGUAGACCCGCAACAGAGUGUAGUUGAAUGGUUAUCCGUAUCUAGAGCGAUCCAUCUAGACUGAAUUUAGCCGCCGUGGAACGAAACAUGUGAUGGCCUUGUUCGGCACGAUCCUACGAACUCCGGACAAGGAUGUGAAAACCCUCAUGACAAAAGCGGCGGGCCCCGUCUUCAUCUUCCUCAAAAGCUCAGUGUAUAUCCUCUCGAUUCUCGAUGGGGCAGCCCGAAAUUCAAGGUAACCUGUGAGAUUCCUCUCCUGUUCGCUUGAUUCGCUGAGAAUCAGCCAGAAAUGAAUCGAGGUUUCGCGGGAAAAGCCUGGAAUAUAGAGAUCACGACUGUAGAUCAUCAAAAGUCAUUGUUAUGAUUGUCUCUUGUUCGGAGCGAUCCGCUGCCGUUUCUAAACUUGGUUGAGUUCCUCGGAGAACCGCCGAUAGUCCAUGGUUAUGUCCUAAUCUCUCAUUGUCAGAAUAGUGAAUUAUAUGUAUCUGUGUGAGUGCGGUAUAACUGUCGCCAUCGAAUAGAUCGCUCUUUCCAGAUGUAAACGCUAGGGGUUCUCAGGAGGAGAUCAUAACGGGCUAGAUUUGUCGGUCCGGCUGACGAAUUACUUACCUCGUGAAAAAUGUUGUUCAUUCGUGCCUUAUAUGAGAUAUCGAGAACGAUAGAAUUCGAUAGGCCAUCCGCUUGAGGCGAC